CUUGUUAUAUCUGCAUCUGCAUUAGAUAUCCGUAACUAGUACCUAAGACAAUGGUGCUAGUUUAUACAUACCUCUUGUAUUAGUUACUAUGAGGUAGGUACUACUUAUUGAAUGCAAUCAACCGUAAGUAAACCUUUACAUUCCGAACCUUCUACUACAUAAAGACGUUCUCGGGGAGCACGAAACAUCAGCCGCAUACGGCUUCCCUGCACCCUAGAAAUAUGCCCACUUAUUUGUUCUUUGCGAAGGAGCCAUUAGGUCCCCCCCUAAAUAACACGAAUGAAUCCGAACCCGGUUAUGGUCGACAAUUCAACCACUGGGUGCGAAACUGACCUACUUCACUCGUUAUUUUUAUUUAUUUUUAUUUUUUAUUUUUUUAUACUUUUAUUUUCUAUCCUUCCGCAAAUAAGAAUUAACACUGGUAUUAAAUUAAAUGCAUAGAUAGUUGAAGCAAACGACCAAUCAAACCCGUGGUAAAGAUCCUACCUAACGCAUUUACCUAACGUAUUACAAGACGCAGGCGCUUACGUCUUUAUUCAGCCCGGCGGGAAAGGAGCGAACAUUACAUUACGUUAUAGAUUUGUUCUAGCAGCUAGCGAGUUGAUGAUUACUUAGGAGCGGAAAGAGCAAGAGUAUCAUUAUCUCUCUACUGUAACUUUACUAUAACAGGUAGCUGUUAUGUCGGGUGUAUUCAACUGCCCCUUUUGCGGAUACAAGGAUUCCGUCGAAUAUAGCAUCCUACUUCACCUGGAGGUCCAUCAUAGCGAGGGCAAAUCCCCGUUCGUGCCGGAUGAGGCGGCGCAUAACGCAGCUAGACCCGAGGUAGUAGAAGCUACCGUCGCUAAGGAGGAGGAGCUUACCGAGUAUUUCCAAUGCCCGGUGAAGAGCUGCGGCGAGAUCUUGCACCUGGAUAGGCUGGACGACCACCUCGAAUUGCAUAACGCCGAACAAGUCGGCAAUGCGGCUGAAGGAUCGAACGUUGGCGGGCUAGGGAGCGCGUCGCCGGAGAGCGGCUCUCGAUCUUCUUCUACGCGAGCCCCGGGACCUAGCCGAGCCAAGCCCGAUGUACCGGCCGGCUCUGCCCCGAGCGCGUUACCGCUCAGCACGACCGGAGACUACCACAUAAAAUCAUCUAAGCCAGUCAGGAGACUUGGAAAAAAGGAAUUAGGCGCGUACUACAACGAGGAGAGAAUGCCGCGCUGGCUAGAGGAUUUGCUGAGGAAACGCGGGUUUAAGAGCUCACAAGGCGUAAUACCCGUCCUCGCACAGCUCCUACAUCAGAACAAAUACACGCGAUACGCAUAUCUCUGUCACCCGAAAACACAGCACAUCUCCAAGCUUAGAAGCGAGGGCAGCUUCUGCGGUUACAGGAAUAUCCAGAUGCUGAUAUCGUAUAUCGUCGGCACGGGCGCGAAGGGGGCUGCCGCUUUCAAUAACGAUAUCCCGAGUAUCUUCCAGAUCCAGGAUCUCAUCGAGAAAGCCUGGGACCAGGGUAUCCACGAGGAUGGCCGGACGGAACUCGGUGUGCUUAGAGGCACGCGGAAAUAUAUCGGGACGCCAGAGGCCCAGACGCUGUUUGCAAGUUUGGGUAUACAAUGGGACAUGCAAACGUUCAAGAAUCGCCCGGGUGAAGCACCCACUGCUUCGGAGAACAGGAUGUACGACGCCGUGGAAGAGUAUUUCGCGACGGCACCAAGCGUCAAUAUGCAAGAUAAGGUCCGCAACACGAUGCGACCACCGAUUUAUUUACAGCAUCAAGGCCACUCCAUGACCAUCAUCGGCAUAGAGUGCCAGCCCAGCGGUAACCGGAACCUGAUCGUCUUCGACCCGUCCUAUGGGGACCCGUCCAACAUCACGCGGCAUCUCGACGGCACGAGGCCCGUCGAGCACAACCACCACCCGGACCGCGCGCUCAAGCUCUACCGUCGCGGCCCGAGGUACCUGGGCAAGUACCAGGCUUUUGAGCUCAUGAGGUUAAGAGAGUAAUCAAUUACUCACUCAAUCAAUCAACCGUCUUCCAACUUUGAAAUUUUCUUUCUUCUUCGACCGCGUGGCCAAAUCAACUACCUGGUCCCGACGUAGCACAGAAGACAUUUUACGCAGUCGGAUAUCUUCGGCGUCUAAGGAGGCGGGUUGUAACGGAGUUGAGAAGAAUAUUUUUACAUAGGCAUGCGGGAUCGUAUCCAAGUAGCAAGUUAGCGUUCUGAUAUCCGGGAUCGAGGCGGCUGCUAGCGAAGCUUUAUGUAGAAAUAUAAAAUGGGU